AUGUCAGGAGAAGGGAAUAAACGGCAACGUUUAUCGGGUGCACAAUAUAAAAAAAAACGAAUUGAACGAGAAAAAGAUUCUGCUAAGCAACGGGUUGGUCUUCUUCAAUUUUUAAAACCAAAUCAACAAAUCGAACAUAAUUUGUCUGUGAAUAACUUUACGCUUCAUUCUGAAAAUAUUAGUAAUAACAGUACGAUUUGUGAGAAAAUAAUUGAUAAUGACGUCUCAAAAAGUCAUAUCGAUAAUGAGCAUCAAUCAAAUAAUGUUGAAGAUCCUGAAAAUAUUAAUAAUAACAACACGAUUUGUGAGGAAAUAAUUAAUAAUAAUAUCUCAAAUAAUGUUCAAGAUGAUAUUAAUAUCGUCUCUGAUGAUAGCAUUGACCUUACAUUUUUUGAGGAUCCAUCAAAAUGGCCUGAUCCAUUGAAUGAUGGACAUAGGUUAAUAUUAGUAAAAAAAUUUAAUAACCCAGUUCAGAUUAUUUUAACUCAGUAUCCUAUAAAUGAUGACGGUAGAUCAUUUUCUAGUAAAUACUUUUAUCGAAUUCUAUCAAAUGGUGAAAACAUACAGCGUACUUGGCUUAUGUAUUCAAAAGAUGUUGAUUCAGUAUUUUGUUUCUGUUGUAAAUUGUUUAAAUCUGGUACAUUUUCUCUUGCUACACAUGGUAAUCGAGAUUGGAAAAAUAUAGGAAAUAUUCUCAAAAAUCACGAAAAUUCGCCUAAUCAUAAAAAUGCAUUACUAAAUUGGAAAGAAUUAGAAAUAAGGGUGAAAAUGGGAAAAACUAUAGAUGAUGUUAACCAGGUGAUUAUUAGGGCGGAAACUGAACACUGGAAAGCUGUUAUUAAUCGUAUAAUAUCACUUAUUAAAAUUAUGGCUGGACAAAAUUUACCUCUAAGAGGCGAUUCUGAUAAACUCAAUACACCUCAUAAUGGUAAUUUUUUAAAAAUGAUUGAGUUUUUGGGUCUAUAUGAUCCUGUUAUGAAAGAGCACAUAAGAAGGAUAACUUCUGAAGAAAUUCACUCCCACUAUCUCGGUAAAAAUAUCCAGAAUGAAAUUAUUCAAUUACUAUCCAAAAAAAUUAAUUUACAAAUCAUAUCUGCUCUUAAAAAUGCCAAAUAUUAUUCAAUAAUAUUAGACUGUACUCCUGACAUAAGUCACAAAGAACAAAUGACUAUGAUAUUUAGAUUUGUUACAACUACAGAAGGUAUCAAUAAGAAUGAAAAACAUACAAACGUUUCCGUGAAUGAACAUUUCAUAGAUUUUAUCGAAUUACAUUCCACAACUGGGUUAAACAUGACAAAUGUUCUUAUUCAAAAACUAAAAGACUUAGAUAUACCUAUCGAUGACAUGAGAGGCCAAGGGUACGACAAUGGUUCAAAUAUGCGAGGUCAAAAUAGUGGCGUUCAAGCUAGAGUGAGAGAAAUUAAUUCAAGAGCAUUUUACGUUCCAUGUAAUGCCCAUUGCUUAAAUUUAGUUUUAAACGACGCUGCGAAUUGCUGUUUAGAUGCCGUUAAUUUUUUUGGUUUAAUUCAAGAGAUUUAUGUAUUUUUUUCGGGAUCAACUCAUCGUUGGAACGUAUUUAAAAAACAUGUUAGUAGUCUUACCCUAAAACCAUUAAGUGCAACACGUUGGGAGAGCAGAGUUGACGCUGUUAAAGCCAUUCGAUUUCAAGUUGGGGAAGUGUAUGAUUCAUUAAUAGAAAUUGUAGAAGACUUAACACUUGUGAAUGCAACUGGAGUAAAAUGUCGUGCAGAAGCUAAAAGUAUUGCUGAAAAAUUAGUUGAUUUUAAAUUUUUGUGUUGUCUUGUUAUUUGGUAUGAUAUAUUGUUCGAAAUUAACCAUACAAGUAAAUUACUUCAAUCUGUGUCAUUGAAUAUUUCAGAAACUAUAACACAAUUAAAGAAUACAAUAAUAUUUUUGAAAGAAUAUCGUACAGAUGAAGGUUUUCAAAAGACGUUAGGACAAGCUAAGACACUAGCAAAUGAACUUCAAAUUGAGGCUAACUUUCCUGUCCCAACUCGAAUUCGUCGUAGAACUACUCAAUUUGCAUAUGAAUCACGAGACGAACCUAUUCAUGACCCAAAACAAAGUUUUAAAAUUAACUUUUUCAAUCAGAUUUUAGACACUGCUAUUCAAUCAAUCAAUGACAGAUUUUCACAACUUACAGAUCACAGCGAUUUAUUUUCAUUUCUCUAUAAUAUAACUGAAAUUUCUGAUUUUGAUGAACUUAUGAAAAAUUGUAAAGAUUUACAAAUAGCCCUAACUUCAAGUGAUGGAUUAAGUACGGAUAUAGUUGCUGUUGAAUUGUAUGGUGAAAUUAUAUCUUUGCAAAAACGUUUUACUUUCGAAACGUGUGAUCCGAAAUCAAUUCUUACGUACAUAUGUAGAAACAAGUUGAUAGAACUUUACCCUAAUACUUAUGUUAUACUAAGGAUUCUAUUGACUUUACCUGUAACUGCUGCAACAGCCGAGAGGAGUUUCUCAAAACUUAAAAUAUUAAAAAAUUAUUUGCGAACAAAUAUAUCUCAAGACCAAUUAGUAGGAUUAGCCACUCUAUCUAUUGAAAGUGAAAUUGCUGAAGAAUUAGACAUGGAUGAACUUAUACAGAGCUUUGCUUCACUAAAAGCAAGAAAAGUCAAUUUUAAAUAA